AUGACCGACACAUCGGUCUUAUUUCUCUUGUUAUUUUUCUUCAAUCUAAAUACAAUCCAAUCAAUCCAUAAUAUAAAUUCGGCAAAUGGUUUGAAUAGCGAAUUACUUUUGAAUACUACUUCCGGCCUAUUUAAGGGUAAACUAACUAAAAUUCAAGAUGUUCCAAUCAAACAAUAUCUUGGUAUUCCAUACGGUGAAAAACCACUUCGUUUUCAAAUGCCCGUCUUACGACGUUACAAUGAUAAAGCAAUUGUACAAGCUGUAAGACGUACACCAGCAUGUCUUCAAGCGCCCAGUAGCCUUUCAUAUGGUCCAUUUGAACUGUCGGACAUGUACGAUGAAGAUUGUCUAGCAUUAAAUAUAUUUAUUCCAAAAACAAAAUCACCAACACCAAAAGCAAUUAUGGUAUUCUGUCAUGGUGGUUCGAAUCAAGUCGGUUCGGGUUCACUAUUCGAUGGAAGUGCUAUAGCAGCUAUUGGUGACGUUAUUAUCAUAACGAUUAACUAUCGAUUGAAUAUAUUAGGAUUCUUAACACCAGAUCCGAAGAUUAUGUCGGGAAAUUACGGUUUGCAUGAUCAAUUAUUAGCAUUAAAAUGGAUAUCAAUGAAUGCAAAAUAUUUCAAUGGUGAUCCACGGCGGAUUACUUAUGUCGGUCAUUCAGCUGGUGCAGCUAAUGCUAUUUUACUUGCAAUGUCAGAACGUUCAAAUGGUAUAAUCGCGCGAGUUAUUGCACAAAGUGGCGGCCCAUUAAAUCAAUGGGCCAUUGAUCGAAAUCCAAGAGUUCGAUUCGAUAAUGUUAUUCAACGAAAUGGUAUGAAUCCAAAGGAAAAACUAUCUGAAUCAAAUAUUGAAAGAUUAAAAAAUUUGACAGACAAAGAAUUUCGCUAUAUGUAUCAUUCGGGUUUAGAAAUAUCACCUAAUUAUCCAUUUCCAGUGAUUGAUAAUGAUAUAUUAACUGAUAAUCUUGAAGAUCUGAUUCGUACUGGACCUCUAACUAAUGUUGAUAUAUUAAUUGGUGCAACUGCUGAUGAAUCAUUAUAUUUUGCUGAAGAUCAUAUAUUUCAUCAUUAUUUACCACAGAAAUAUCGUACAAUGGCAUAUUUAACACUUAAUUCUCGAACCGCAACAACCAACAGUAAUCAAACUCCUUCAUCAAAAUCCUCAGAUACGAAACCAACUGAAUAUGAAGAACCCAUUGGAUUUUCUUAUUUUAAGAAAAAUCCAUAUAUUAAAAAUUAUUUAAAGUCAAAUUAUCCUGAUCUCCUAUGUUAUUAUGAUGAAAUACAAGCACGAUAUAUGCCUGCGGCAACGUAUCAAAAUAACGUAACUGUAGUUGCUCAGCUCUAUACAAAUCUAGUCAGUGAUUUAAUGUUCUAUUAUGAUCUUGUUCGUUUUCUUCAUGAACGUCUAUACUCCAUAUCAUCAGCAUCAACCUAUGUCUAUUAUUAUUCAUAUCCACCAAUUUAUGAUUUUGAACAUGUUGUGCGGCGUAUGCCACAAAAGGUCGGCCAUUUCGCAGAACUUGAUUUAAUAUGGGGCAUACCAUUUUUUAAUCGUUUAAAUCUAACAAACCUAAAUAUGCCUUCUAAUAUGCAUCUAUCCUAUACAUCCGAAGAAAUCCAACUUAGUUAUCAAAUGAUUCGAUAUUGGACGAAUUUUGCUAAAAGCGGGAACCCAAAUGACCCAAGUAAUGUAUCUACGCACUGGCCACGCUAUGAACAAACAAAAAAAUCCUUUAUAAACUUUCACGCAAAUAAACUGAACAUCGAAGAUAAUUUUCUAGAAGAACGUUUUCAAUUUUGGAAUAUGAUAUCACAUCGUCCAAUUUGUAAUCCAUUUCGUUGGUAUCAAACGUGUUUACUUGUUGGUAUUCUCAUCCUUGCUAUUUUAUUAAUAACAAUUUAUAUUUUUCACAAUACAAAGCGAUCCCGUCGAAAUAUAAAACCAACAGAAUUAACCACAACCAAUAUUUUAACUACUUAUCGUUUUCUACCAAGUGUUGUAUCGUAA